AUGGCCAAACCUUUGCCUACCAAUCAACUUUUCUCUUUGCAGGGCAAAACUGUAAUCUGCACAGGUGCUACGGGCGGGAUUGGUCUAGAGAUGUGUAAAUCUCUCGGAGAGGCCGGUGCUGAUAUUGUUUCGAUUCAACUGCCGAAUGAUCCAAAUGCAGCAUCUAUCUCAAAACAUUUGGUAGAAAUUGGACGGAAUUUCUGGGCAUUUGAGUGCGACCUUGCAGAUACCUCUGCCAUUCGUGCUACAUUUCAAGCUAUCUGGAACGCGGGUAUCAAACCGUCUGUUCUCCUCAAUUGCGCCGGUGUUAACCGAAGACGUCCAGUAAUAGAAACUACCGACGAGGAUCUUGAUCUGAUCCUAUCUAUCAACCUCAAGGCUACUUAUGUCGUAGCCCAGGAGUUUGGCAAAAGAUUGAUUCAUUUGGGCAUACCCGGCAAAAUAAUCAACAUCGGAUCAGUCACUUCAUUCCGUGGAAUGUACAACGUUUCUGCUUAUGCAAGCUCUAAAGGAGGAGUGAUGCAGAUGACUAAAGCGUUUAGCAAUGAGUUUGCUCCUCACGAUAUUCAACCUAAUCUGGCGUUGCCCGUUCUCGGCGCAGGAAUUGGCAGCGCGCAGGCGCAAGGCUUACACAAAGAGUCCCUCUGGGGUCCUGCACCGGAGGGUGUUGUUGAAGCCCGCAAGCGAACUUGGUGGGCGUUAUAUGUGCUCGACAGGUCUCUAUUCCCUUCGCCCGUUGACGCCCAUUGCUCAGUUAGUAUGCCACGAGAUAUGGAGGAUACACAGGCCGUUCAUCCGUUAUUGAACUCAUUGGAGUAUUCGGUCGCAACAACUCACCCAACACGCGUGACAUUGGGCACAUAUCAGCGCUGCAAAUUUGAGCUGUACACCAUUGCCUCUUCGAUAAUUGGCAGCAUAUAUAACCUUGACUCCCCAAAAUCAGGAGAUGUGAGACACCAAGCUGCAGCUAUCAACACCAAGCUGGUGGAUUGGUUUGAAAGGCUCCCAGCGGAGCUAAAGCUAAAGAACAACUCUGAUGUGCACACGAACAACCUGUCGAGUACUGAGCUUGAGGUGUACCGACUUUUUGAGUUACAGGCUUUAGUACUCCAGUUGGCGUAUGAUAAUGUUCAAAUCAUCCUGCAUCGUCCUUUCCUGCGAUACAAUGGUCAGUUAACCAUGAGCCCCAACCCUCGCAGCCCCGAAAAUCGACCGACUAGUUUUGAUCAAUGCAAACAUUGUGCUCGCCGCACGUGCAGCAUCUUGCCACAAUAUGCACCAGUUCUCCUUGCCGCCAAAAAUACUCACGCAGUCGCAUACAUUGCAAUGCAAAAUUUCACUGCUGGGGUGACUCUUGGUAUGGUAGCAUUGUCAGAUCCAGGUUCUGCACAAUCGCAAGAUGCAAAGAAAGGGGUUGCAAACUCUAUCUCGCUACAAAAAAACCUCGCAGAGUCAUCUAUCGUUCCAUCACAGACAGUAAAAGUUCUCGAAGGACUUUUCCAUCUUAUCUUUCAGCGAGAAAUGCGCGCAUUUCUAGACGGCCCACCGUUUGAUAUGACACCUGUGUAUAGUCUUGAGCCCGAAAGGGACUUGGCAGUCAGCAUCGCACAAGAGGGUCACGUCUCGGAUGCAGCGGGCCGCCUGGAUAAUGAGAGAUUUAACCCGACGCAGUUGUCUCAAAGUCAGGACAAUACCGGUUAUUCUCCGCAAAAUCCGGCCACUGGAGGUAGACUCCAAGUUGCUUCUGAAAUUGAGACAACGACAGAUCCGGACUUUGGUGCCUACCCGGCUUCUCUAUUGCCUCUAUAUGCUGGUGUCGAUCAGGCACUUGGCUCAGUACAGCAGGUUCUUUGGGAGUGUUCAGAUCCUAUGACACACGCAGGCAGCUAUAGGCCGACGGGUGAUGAAAUCGGGGGAGACCGAAGACCCUCAGCUGAGAAUUUACAGCAUUCCAAUGAUGACGCGCCUUUCAACUCGCAGAUCCCGUCACUCGACCAUUUCCCCGAGAGGUUAAACGACCUGAACUUAUCGCUUCCCGGCCAGAGCUGGGUGUGGAAUUGGACCAAUACGCCCUGA